AUGUCGUACUCCUGUAGUGAAAAACUAUGGAAACCGAUAAUUCGUCCUCCAAGACAUUAUUAUUAAUUAAAAGAUUUAGGAAAUUAGAUCACAAUGGUAAUGGAUACAGUAACAAAACGAACAGAUUUUGAAAUAGUGAAUAAAAGAAAACUUACAUUAUAAUGUAGGUACACGUUUAUAAUAAUAUAACGAGUCUUUUUGAACCAGUGAGAGUUCAAGAUAGGUAACAUUCUUGCAUGAUUUAUUUGCAUGGAAAUUCUAGCAGCCGAGUUGAAGCAUUAACAAUUUUAGAAUAUUUGAUUCCUUAUAAUAUAGCAGUUUGUGGAAUAGAUUUAUCAGGUAUAUUCUGUUUAAAUUACACAGGUUCUGGACAUUCUGAAGGAGUUUACAUAUCUCUUGGUUAUUAUGAAUCUUAAGAUGUAUAGAGUCUAAUAAAUUAUUUGAGAGAUCAUAAAGUAAGAUACAACUUUAAUAAUAGAGCCUUACAUAACUCAAAUUGGAUUAUGGGGUAGAUCUAUGGGAUCAGUAACAGCUAUUUUAAGUGCUAGUCAUAAUGAAGAGAUAAAAGUAUUAGUGUGUGAUAGUCCUUUUUCUAAUUUAACUUUAUUAUGUAAAGAGAUUGCAACUUCUGGUUAUGGAGUACCUGGAUGUUGUUUUGAUUGUUUUUUCUGUUUUGUAAAAUCUAAAAUUAGAAAAGAAGCUAAAUUUAAUGUUGAUGAUCUAAAUGUCAUCUAAAUUAUAGGAAGUAAUUCUUAUCAUUUAUAGAUUCUUAGAGCUUUCAUCUUAAGUAUCAAUUGCAUUUUUGA